AUUUUAGUUUUUUUCAGUAUCUGAGCCAUGAUUCAGAACCAGUAAUGGAACUUCAUUUCCCAUAAUGCACCGAGACCUCCAGAGCACCCAUGCUUCUGUUUUUGUUAUUGUUGUGAGAGGUUCGUGGCACAGCUCAUCUCGGCGAAUGUGUCAGUGUAAAUUGCACUUGUCAUCACUCUCAUACAUGUUUUCUUCUUUAUCACCGAACAUCGUUUUCCAAGACGACAUUGUUCUGAUUAUCUAAGCUAAAUCGGGUGCAUCACUGUUCUGUUGCCAUGGAGAAGACAUGGGAGGUGGAGUUUCGAAAUGUUGGAAGUUGCUACUUUCCUCAGAGCAGAGUGGACUGCCACUACACCAUCAACCCACAGCACACAUGGGCCAGUAAUGACUGGAUUGGACUAUUUAAGGUUGGCUGGUCAUCAGUCAAGGACUACCAUACGUUUGUUUGGGCAGUAGCUCCAUCCAGCUACAAGGAGGGGACCUCUGUCAACUGCUGUGCUAAUUUUCAAGCUUCUUACCUACCAGGGCCUAGUGCCCAGCAGUACCAGUUUGUGUAUGUGGAUGGAAGGGGAGAGGUCUGUUCUCGCAGCACUGCCUUUAUCUUCUCAGCCCCAAAGCCCCUUGAGGAGCUGGUGACUCUGGAGAAGGAGGAUCAGGGGGAGGAAGUGGGCGAGGACAUGUUGCUGGUCAUCCCAAGAGCCCAGCUACUGCAGAGUCGUCUCCAGGAGUGUUUGAAGGAGCGUGCUGAUCUGCUCCAGGCUCUGGAAGCAGCAGACCAGAACGUGGAGAGGGAGAAAGGCAGGAGAGAGAGAGACAGAGGCUCCUGGGAGCAGAGCCGCAAGGAGCUGGAAAGAAAGAUCAGCGAGCUGAAGGAGGAAGUGAGAGAAUAUAGGGAGAAAGUAGAGGAGAUGAAGAAGCAGCAGAAGGAAGUUGAGGAUUUAGGUGAGGCCCUGACAGAGGAGAAGAGAGCCCUGCUGGCAAAAAAAGAAGCUAAUGAGCAGCGAAUUAGAGAGCUAGAGGAGGACAUUAAAGUACUGACCCAGAGAGGCCUGGAGAGAGAGACUGACCUAGAAAGGAUGAGGGAACGGGCCAAGAAAGCAGCAGCUCAAAAGAAGGAAGAUGAGGAUGAACACAAGAACCUGAAGAUAAAGAUGGAACAAACAGAAAACGAGCUGCACAGUCUGUCAGCAGAGUUUCAGAGUCUGAGAAGCUCACUGGCCCAGAGAGACACACAUGCCCUACAGCUCCGAGACACCAUCACCACCCUCACACACAAACUCAACAGUGCUCACAGGAAGGAGGCAGCCAAUGAAGUACCUUUGAAUGAACUCCGGAGUGUUCAAGAGCGUCUGAACGUGAGUGAACGCUGUGUGGAGACUCUGAGGGGGGAGCUGAGAGACAUGGUUGCUCAGAGGGACACUGCACAUGCCGAGCUCCAUCAGGCCCGUCUGCAGGCCGCACAGCUCACACUUCAGCUGGCAGAUGCCAGUCUGGCUCUGAGAGAGGGCAGGGCCAACUGGGCACAGGAGAAAGAAGCCCUGCAGCAGAAUGCUGAGUUGGAAAAAGUGCAUCUGGAACGCCUAAAUGAUGAGAUCCAGCAGAAGGAGGAGAUGUUGCAAGAGGCGAGGAUGGAGAGAGAGAAAGCAGUGGUGGAGCUGGGACGAGAGAAAGACUGCAAUCGGGUUCAGCUAAGUGAGACUCGUCGUGAGCUGCAAGAGCUGAAGGCCAGUCUCAGAGUGGCUCAGAAAGAGAAGGAGCAGCUGCAGACAGAAAUACAGGAAGUGAUGGAGUACAGCCGUCAGCUGGAGAGAAGGCUGGAGGUGCUGAGUGAUUCUAAAUGGAGUGAGACGGCGCUGCUGCAGAGCAGUCAUGCAGAAAGCCCACUGCUGUCUGAUUCUGAGGAUGAGAACCCAGAGGCUUUGCAGGACGCACAUUCUUCUGGGCCUCUGAACCACUACAGUCUGUGUGAGCAGCCCCAGGCCGACCUGCUGCUCCCGGCCACCCCGCCACCUUCACCCAGACACCCCUCGGGCAUGGACGCAGUGGUCAUCAGCCAACCUGCACCCCUCUCAUCUCCACAUCAGCCCAGUGCUCACACACAUGCUCACAGCUCUGAUUCGGAGGAAGAGUAUGAGGCUGCUCUAUCAAGAGGGCACAGCUCUGGAGAGGAGACUGCUCUUCUCCUGCCUGACAACAGAGACACUACCCUCGGGGAUCUGGCAGAGAGCCCCUUGUGGUGAGAGGCAGAACUGCAGGAACCGAGGGCCAGUGCAGCGUGGACUGCUUUGCACCAUUGCAACAUGUGUUAUGAGUUUUGUAUUUAGAAGCAUUUGCGCUUUAUAUCAUAUUGACAUGCGUAUUUAAAUAUGCAAUUUGCUUUACACUUUAUAUGCACUUAGAAUAUGCAUAAGCUAUUAGACUACUUUAUGUCGCACACAGUUUUAAGGUCACUUUCACGGAUGUGUUAUU